AUGCUGUUGUCCAAAUCUCUUCUCCUGCCGCUUCUGGCAGCGUGCACUGCCGCCGUUGAGAUUUCCGUUGCGUCGUCCGGCGGCAAUGUCACGACUAACUUGCAGUACGGUAUCAUGGAAGAGGAAAUCAACCACUGCGGUGAAGGUGGUCUCUAUGCGGAGUUGAUUCGCAAUCGUGCGUUCCAGGGAAGUUCCAAGUACCCGUCUAACUUGGACGCUUGGACCUCUGUCAACGGAGCUACGCUGUCCCUCAAGAACCUCAGUGAUCCUCUGUCAUCUGCGUUGCCCACUUCGGUCAACGUCAAGGGCAGCAAGGGCCAAGCUGGUCUCACUAACCUGGGCUGGUGGGGCAUUGAUGUCAGGCCCCAGAAAUAUACCGGCUCCUUUUAUGUGAAGGGUGCCUACAACGGCAGCUUCACAGCUUCACUUCAGUCUGCGCGUACGGGCAAAGUAUUUGCCAGCGCUAAGAUUGCGUCGCAUAGCGUUGAGGACAAAUGGGUGCAGCACAGCUUUACCCUUGUUCCUCAUAGCGCUGCCCCGGAUACUAACAAUACUUUCUCCCUCACCUUUGAUGCAUCGAAAGCGGAAGACGGUGCGUUGGACUUCAACCUCAUUAGCCUGUUUCCGCCUACCUGGAACAACCGUCCCAAUGGACUGAGAAGAGAUCUGAUGCAAGCAAUGAAGGACUUUGGUCCGAAAUUCCUACGCUUCCCUGGUGGUAACAAUCUUGAAGGUGAGACUAUUGACGGCCGCUGGAAGUGGAACGAGACCCUUGGGCCCCUCAAGGACCGUCCUGGUCGUGCCACCACUUGGGGAUACCAGGAGACCGGUGGAAUGGGUCUGGUUGAGUACAUGGAGUGGUGUGAUGAUCUUGGAAUCGAGCCUAUCCUUGCGGUGUGGGCCGGUCUCGCGCUUAACGGCGACGUUGUCCCCGAAGACGAACUUCAUGUGUAUGUGGAGGACGCCCUCAACGAGCUUGAGUUCCUUACCGGCUCCGUAAACACCAAAUAUGGAGCAUUGCGCGCUUCCGUGGGCCACCCCGAACCCUGGGUCAUCAGAUAUGUCGAAGUUGGCAACGAGGAUAACCUGAACAACGGAAUGGCCUCCUACACAUCCUACCGGUUCAAAGCUUUCUAUGACGCGAUUAAGGCCAAGUACCCUGACAUUACUGUCCUGGCAUCGACUAUUGAUAUGACCCUCCCUGGUGACGCUGGCGGUGACUAUCAUCUGUACGAUAUUCCCGACAAUUUUAUCACUCGCUUCGGCUUCUUCGACAACAUGUCCGAGGAUCACCCAAUUCUGCUUGGCGAAAUCGCCGCGGUGCAGUAUAACGGAGCGGAGAUUGACUGGGCCAACAGACACUUCUCCCUCUACCCAUGGUGGAUUGGAAGCGUCGCGGAAGCCGUGUUCCUUCUGGGUGCCGAAAGAAACGCCAACAAGAUUAUAGGAACGACCUACGCACCCAUGCUCAUGAACCUGGACAACUACGAGUGGUCCCCCACGUUCCUGGGCUUUAAUUCCGACCCUGACCAGACAGCCCGCUCCACCAGCUGGCACGUUUAUGAUCUCUUCUCUCACACCCACAUGACCAACACCCUUCCCACCAAAUCCUCCGACAAGUACGGCCCCCUCUACUAUGUCGCAGGUCUCGACAACAGCACGAACAGCCAUAUCUUCAAGGCAGCCGUGUACAACAGCACCGCCGACGUGCCCGUCUCGCUGACUUUUGACGGCGUCAAGGCCGGCACCGCCGCUGAACUAACCGUCCUGACUGCAUCUGACGCCCUCGCCAUGAACGAGGUUGGCGGUGCCAAUCAGGUCAAGAGCAAGGUGUCGACUCUGCGGGCUGGCAAAGAGGGCGUCUUCAAAUUCAGCUUACCGAAUCUGAGCGUGGCUGUUCUGAAGACCAAAGGUAGUAAGUGA